AUGGGAGGGGGAGACGCACCCAAGCCAGAGGGCCCUUCGCCGCUCAGCCCCGAGUUUGGCAACACCGCAGGGCCCUUUCUACGCUUCCAGGGCGGCACGGGGGCCGGUGACUCGUCGUGGACGGGUUCGGUGCUCUUUCUCACGCGAGGGGGCGCCAACGGCGACCAGGCUGGCGCGCCUCAGCCAACACUCACCCUGACGGAUGGCAGUGCCGCAGGCGGCAGCGGGUCGCAUCAGCUGGAGCCCACGCAGCUGGCGAGUGUCCUGGGAUGGGCGUUCUGGCGGUUUGAGAUCGAGCUGCAGCUGGCGCCUUGGCAGCGGCCUGUCGAGUACAAUGUCAGCGCAGGCACGACCAUCACCAAGACGUACUCGUUCUGGUUGCCCGCCGUGGGCCAGCCCAUGCACUGGGGGUAUACCUCGUGCAACGGCUUCUCCGGCAGCAUCCCUGCAACCGCUCCAGAGCGCCAAGAUGUGACGUACCUGUGGAAGGACAUGCUGAAGCUGCACAGCGCCUUCCCGCUGCACUGCGUGGUGGGCGGAGGUGACCAGCUGUACAACGAUCCGGUGUUCAAGCAGCCCUCGCUCCAGGCCUGGGGCGAGAACCCGGAUCACGAGUUCAAGGCGGCGGCUGACUGGACAGAGGAGAUGGAGGCGGAGGCCACUUCCUUCUACAUUUCCAACUACAUCUCCGCCUUUUGCAUGAGGGAUGUGUGCGACGCGUACGCCCAGAUCCCGCAAGUCAUGAUGUGGGAUGACCACGAUAUCUGGGAUGGCUACGGCUCAUAUGACGCCGACAUACAGGAUUGCAAGGUCUUCAAGGGCCUGUUUGCCGUGGCGCGCAAGUUCUACCUGCUGUUCCAGCAGCACACCACCGACGACUUCAACAAACAGAAGCAGGAGUACCUGACCAACGACGGCUCGUGA